AUGGAGCCAAUUCAACCAAGAGACAAAUAUCCGAAGGCCAAAAUUGAAGAACCAACUCUGCGCUUACCCAAAGCGUUGCUGAAACCUGAUGGUGAUCCGAAUGAUGAUCUCUGCUAUAUGAAAAUUUUCGAAGAUGAUACAAGAAGAGCUCAGCACCUAGCUGAGUCAAUUGCUGCAGGGGGAAAACUUGAUAGGAAAGUAUAUCGGAUUCGUAAUAAAGAACUUGCCAAAUUCGUUGGGAAAGAUUUUGAAGGGAUGAGUGAGAUUCACAAAGCCUCAAAAGCCACAAUUGGGAUAUUAGCUGAUGCUGAAUCCAAUCUUCAUAGUCAUUCAUAUCUUGACUUAGUGGGUACUGUUGAAGAAGUCAAUAUAGCUGAAGGACUCAUCCUGGAUAACACCCUAAAGACAUAUAGUACCCUCGCUUAUCCAGUAAUUCUGAUGCCACCAACCAUUUAUGGGGACUACAUCAUCAUUCCUGUCAACAAGGUUAGUCGUGUCCUUGGCACCUACAGCAUAAAUAUCUUGAGGAUGGAAAUGGAGUGUGGUGCAUGGAUAAAGAUUGAAGCAGGUGCCCCUCCAGGUGGUUCGGAGCAGGAGAAAUUAAUCAACGUAUUUGGUCCACGUGAGAAUGUCAUCAAAGCCAUCAAAUUAAUUCGAGCAAUAACCUAUGAGCCCACGGAAGCUUCUGCAGCACAAGAAGAAUUAUGGCGGGAGUUUAACGAGCCUUGUUGGCGUGAGUAUUUUGAACGUAACGAAUUAGCAGGAGAAGCCCAGCCCCAGGUUGAGGAAUAUUCCGGUGGACCGGAGAGGCAGGCUGAUCAGGAAGGUGGUUCCGGUCAUAUAACAGAAAGAGCUACCCAAGGGAGUGAAUAUUCAUCUGACAAAAAGGAAAAGCGGCAAACUAGUACUUUUCUACGAAUGAAACCAGAGGGAUCUAAAUCCAAAGAAACAGUAGAAGGAGAGUUUAAAGUACCAAAAUGGAGUCAAACUUUUGGACAUAUAAAACCUGUUCAUGAUGAAUCCAAAAUAUUAGGGAAGGAGGAAGGUGGUUCCAGUGUAAUAGAAAAAAAGCAUGUGGAUGAAGCUGAAUCUGAAAGUGAAAAAGGAGAAGCCAAGCUUAAGGAAUAUUCCGGUGAACUGGAAAAAGGGAAGCAGGCUGAGGAAGGUGGUAUCGUUGAGCCGACAAUAGAAAAGAAUGAGCAUGAUGUUAAAGAAAGAGAAGCUGAAUCAUUAAAAAAGAAGUCAAAAAAACUUAUUAUACGACUUAAGAAAUCUGGUGGUGGCGAGGGAUCUAAACAAACAGAAGAAGGGAAGGAUAAGGAAUCCGGUGAAUGGGAAAAAGGGAAGCAGGCUGAGGAAGGUGGGCCCAUUGUAAUAGAAAAAGAAAAGCAGCCAGAGCAUGUGCAUGAAAAAGCUCAUGAUUCUGCAAAAACUGAAGAUGACAAAGAAGGUGAUUAUAGAUCAAAAGAGAAAAGACAGGUUGAGGAUGUUGAGCAAGCAAAAUCCGAAAAGGAAAAAGGAGGCAAAUUGAAAAUGGAGCAAAAGGCAAAGGCAGCAGCAAGAGACAAAUAUCCGAAGGCCAAAAUUGAAGAACCAAAUCUGCGGUUACCCAAGGCGUUGCUGAAGCCUGAUAGUGAUUCCACAGCCGAUGAUCUCACCUAUAUGAAAAUUUUCGAAGAUGAUGCACGGAGAGCUCAGCAUCUUGCUGAGGCAAUUGCUGGAGGGGCGAAACUUGAUAGGAAAGUGUAUCGGAUUCGUAAUAAAGAACUAGUGAAAUUCAUUGGGAAAGAUUUUGAAGGGAUGAGUGAAGUUCAUAAAGCCUCAAAAGCCACAAUUGGGAUAUUAGCUGAUUCUGAAUCCAAUCUUCAUAGUCAUUCAUAUAUUGAUUUGGUGGGUACUGUUGAAGAAGUUAAUUCUGCUGAAGGACUCAUCCUAGGCAGCAUACUAAAGACAUAUAGUACCUUGGCUUAUCCAGUAAUUCUGAUGCCGCCAACCAUUUAUGGGGACCACAUCAUCAUUCCUGUCAACAAGGUUAUUGGUGUCCUUGGGAGCUUCGGCACUAAUAUCCUGAGGAUGGAAAUGGAGUCUGGUGCAUGGAUAAAGAUUGAAGCUGGUGCCCCUCCUGGUGGUUCAGAACGGGAGAGAUUGAUCAAUGUAUUUGGUCCACGUGAGAAUGUCAUAAAGGCCAUCAAAUUAAUUCGGGCAGUAACCUACGAGCCCACAGAAGGUUCUGCAGCACAAGAGGAAUUGUGGUGGGAGUUUAACGAGCCUUGUUGGCGUGAGUUUUUUGAACGUAAUGAAUUAGCAGAAGAAGCCAUGCUCAAGGAAAAACCAAAGCAACAGGUUGCCGGGGAAGCUGGUUCAACAGAAAAGCAAAAGCAAAAGCAGCCGGUUUUGUCUCAUCAUAUAGUAAGUAAGAACAAAUCUGGUGAUGAUGGGGAAUCAGAAAAGACCAAGUCAAAAAAACCUCUAUCAGAAAGAAAGAAGGCGCAACAUCAACAUCAACAUGUUCUAAGAAGGAAAUCUCUAUCAGAGGGUUCUAAAAGAACAGAAGCAGCAGGUGAAGAACCUAGUUUGAGUGAAACUUUUGGACGCUUGAAAAUUGGUGGUUCAAAUGUAAAAGAAAAAGAGCAUGCUCAAGGUGAUGAGCCAAAAGAGAAAAGUCACAAGGAUGUUUCUGCAAAGAAUAAGGAGGAAUCUCAAGGUGAUGAAUGUGGUCAAGAGUCAGCAGAGUGA